GGAGAUGGACGGCAUUUAUACUGGGAUGCAGAAACCCUCGGAGGAUGUCUACUCCACAGUAAACCAGACCCAGGGCAAGAGAGCAGGUGCACAACAAGGAGACCCCACCCCGCCUGUGAGUGCUGCUGGCAAAGCCUCUUCAUACAGACAGCCUGCACUGGUCCUCCUCAUCCUGUGCUGUCUCUUACUGGCUGCCAUCAUCUCCCUCGCUGUCUAUCAUUUCAAAACUAAAGAAGACCUUGAGAAAAACACCAGCCUGUCCACAAAUUAUUCAUCAUUACUGAAUCAGCUCCAGGACUUGAGGAGUGACUACAGCAACCUCAACAAGAAUCAUUCUGAGCUGCAGAGUAACUAUAGCAAGCUCUCUGGAUCUCAUGCUAAUCUGCAGAGUAACUAUAGCUGGCUCAAUGAAACUCAUUCUGAGCUGCAGAGUAACUAUAGCAGACUCCAAAAAGAAAAUUCAGCAUUGAAAAAGAACAAUACUGAGCUUUCUGUGAAAUCAUCAAUCUUGGAUAAAUACUGUCCUCUCAAAGAAGGCUCUUCAAAGGAGCGGGUUUGUAAAGCCUGUCCAGAGAAGUGGGUGGAGUCCAAUGGAACGUGCUACUACUUCUCACCUGAUAAAAUGGACUGGCACUCCAGCCGGGCUAGCUGUGUGUCAAUGGGAGCAGACCUGGUGAUUAUAGAGAGCGACGCAGAGCAGAAAUUCUUAUUAGAGAAUGAUAAAAGCAAACCCCUAUUGGGGAAUGCUGAAAAGAAUUCUUACUGGAUCGGCCUGACGGAUGCUGCUACUGAAGGAACCUGGCUCUGGGUGGACGGCACUCCUCUCAAUGACAAGGCAAAAUAUUGGCACGGUAAUGAGCCUGAUGACUGGAAGAGAGGUGGGGACUCGUCCGGGGAGGAUUGUGCACGUCUUGCAUACUCGACAAGCCCGGCAAAUUCUCUCAAAGCCUGGUUUGAUGCAUCGUGCACACGACAGCAACAUAGAAGGAUUUGUGAAACCACGGCAUUGAUAAAUAUAUAAAACCAGUGUGGGUCUGUUUCACUUUAUCUCUCUAUUUAGAUAGCAAGCAAGCUACAAAAUGAAUCCCACAAGUUACUUACAUUUCACUUUAUUAAACUAUAGUAUCUAAGUGUUUUUAUGAAAUAUAUAAAAAGUACAGUAAAAAAAUCAAACCAGAGCUUUUAUAAAGAGUUUGUGAUUCAAAUGCCAUUGUGAUUAUUGUUUUUAUAUUCCCCCUGACGUUUACAAUCAUUUAUAAAAACAGAUCUAGAGAACAAUGAUAAUAACUCAGUAUUGGAGGAACAGAACAAUUACAAACAUCCCUUAGAAAAGCUUCCCAUUGUAAAAGCACAGCAAAGUGUAAUGAAGCACAGUGAAAGCAUGGGAAAGCAUAGGCAAGCAUUGUAAAGCACAGAGAGGUAUGCUAAAGCAUAUUAAACAUGGCAAGCCAGGGCAAGCUCUGGUAAAUGCAUAAUAUAACCAUGGGAAAAGUGCAAUAAUACCAUAUAAUAGUAAGGGAAGUGAAAAACACAGUGUAUGACUCACCCUGCACACCACACGGUCCAGCCUUUACCAGGUGAGCCACUCAGGGAUCCUUAAAGUGAAUAUUGAUAGGUAUGAAAGUUUAAUAAUGCUUUGCUUGCCUUUGUUUUGAGCACAUUUCAAUUUUUUUUUUGGAUGUAUGGUUAAGUUUCUUUUUGUACGUUUGAAUAUUAAAAUAAUGAUAUAACUCCCGAGCAUUCAACCAUACCAGCAUUCUUACUGCAAGCUUUGGUUAUCGUUUUUAAAAAUUGUUGCGUUUAUCUCCGACGUAACUUCCUUUUGUACCAAAAAUCGUCCCCUGAAGAAACUGCGUUUAUCUCAGAGAAGAGCGCGUUCUGUGCAGAGUAGAGUCAUGUGACGAGCCCUGCAAAAACACAACCAGUUUGACAAGAAAUACAAGCACUGAUAAAUCAUAAUAAUUUGUUUCAAGUUUUAUUGGGGGGGAGGGGGCAGAAUUAUCCCUGAUUGGAUAAUUGCUACAGCAUGUUUAAUCAUAAUCUGAUAUUCAAGAGGGACUCCACAAUGACUGGACUGGGAAUGAUCUAGUGCAGAGGUUCCCAAACUGUGGUACGCGUACCCCCACUGGUACGCGAGACGUGUUUAGGGGGUACGCGUUACAAAUUGUGUAAUGGCGAACAUUUUUGUUUUGUUUUGUUUUGGGUUUUUUUUGCAUUUUCAUAAGACUUGUCAUACUCACAAAACUUUAAAACGCAUUGGAAAUUCAUUUUAAUUUCUGCCGUGAAAUGGAGAAACAAACAGAGCCGUGCAAGACAAUCUCGUAGCAGCGGGACACUUGGGAUCAACGCUGUGGUGUGCUCGUUUAUUGCAAACCUCCAAGAGGUAACAAUGAGAACAAGGAUACACAGGGACAGUGACGUACAGAACUCCCACCACCAAUAACUGUACAACGCGAAUUAAAUGUAUUAUAUUUAUGACGUAUGUUUUUAGUUUUUUAUUAAUUACAUUUUUUUGGUGCUUAUUAUGAGCUAUUUUCGAUUUUUAUGUAAAUCAUUUUUUCAGAGCUUUCGAUUUGUAUGUACUGUAUGAAAUUAUUGUUUUCUGUUACUGUACUUUACAAAAUGCUUGUUUUUUUCUGUCACAAAGUAGUAACUGUACAGUACCACACUUUGUACCUUCUUUCCUUUGUUGUCUUCCACAACGAAAUCCCUGUGGUCAUGGACACAUUCUUCUGGGUUUUUUGUGUUUAGGCAUUUUUUUUUUACAUUUCGCCACAAUUUGCAAUUCUGUUUUAAAUCCUACGUAUCUUAUCUGUAAUAUAGCUUUAAAUCCCGCGAACAAGCCUCCAGUCAAGAAAGUAUUCAGAACUAAUCAAUACAAGUUAGGGAAAGGUAGUUUGUUUUUGUUGUUUAUGUAUUAGGUUUUUGAGUUAUGUGAAUUGAGUAUAUUUCCAGUGUUUUUCUGGUGUUCAUUAUACACAGAUUAUUAUUAUUAUUAUUUUUUUUUUUUGUAUCAGGGGUGUUUUAUCAGUUAAACCCUAAAAUCAGAAGCCGUAAGUAUAUUAUUAUAGUCAUUUAUAUUGUAAGUAUAUUAAUGUGUAUGUGUAUAAAUCUGUGUAUUAUGAAAGCAUAUAUUAAAAACAACAUGAAAAUAUAAAUCUGUAUGCUAGGGGUACGCAGACAGUUGAUAGGUCUGGAAGGGGGUACGCGGCAAUCAAAAGUUUGGGAACCUCUGAUCUAGUGAUGACUGGCGCCCUCUUGUGGCUGGUAGUGGCAUGGCUAUAGUAACUGAGGCACCAGACAUUCUUGAUAAUUUGCUAUUUCCUGUAUUAAAGUAGAUUCUGUGAUGCCUGUGUGUGUAUAUAAUGUAGUUUAAGGAUAUUCAGAUAUAGGACUCCCCAUAUAAAUGCAUUUUAUAUUUGUAUUGAUAUAGAAAUAAAUAACUGAAUUCCUGUUGAACAUU